GUGCAUUCUCCUUGUAUUUUGAUGUGGCGAGGAAGAGAAUGCGGCUGGUUGAUGACGUGUUUCCGCUUCCGUCACGGCGCGAUUUGAAGCGGGGAAGCAGCGCGAGACUCACGAACGUGAGAUGUCUGUGAGCCGAGCUCCUCCUCCUCUUGAUGAUGAUGAUGAUGCUCCUCUUCAUCACUCCUCUCUCCCGGCUCUCGCUCGCUCGUGGCCCUCCUCUCCUCUCUCUCUGCUCUCCUCCUCUCGUCAGGUGACCUCUGACCUCUACAGCUCGUUACAGCACAGCCGACAGCAGGAGGUCAGAGGUCACGCCGCCAGGCAGGUGUCGUUCGCCCUCUCCUCUCCUGACCUCACUGCUCUCCGGGCCACCGUAGCCACGCCCCCUCUCCCCUCUGAUAGGCUGGAGGACUGCAGUGUGGACUCCGCCUCCUGCCGUGAUGUGAUUGGCUCAGGAGUGGAGGGGGAGGAGUCAGAGGAGCUGAGCAGAUCAGCACUGUCGAGCGGCAGGAGGCACAUAGAGGAGAUGGAGAGUGUAAGGACACACUUACAGUCCAUACUGAGACCAAAACCAACCACUGCGGACAGACACGGUUUUCUGACCCCUGCGUUGCAUCACUUCCUGGAUGAUUCACACGAGAGCGACGACACGUCACACCUGCUCAGCGCGGGCUGUGUGGAGGAGCUGUUCCCCAGGUACUCUCGUCUGCGUGUGGACUCGAGUGGCGCUGCAGAACUGCAGGUGUUGAGAGAGAGUCUGCAGAGAGAGAGAGAGCGCAGGAAGGUGUGUGAGCAGCAGGUGGCGUCUCUCCACAGUAAAGUUCUUCAGUUUCAGCAACAGCUAACACUCGCUGUGGCCGCCGACCGCAAGAAAGACAUCAUGAUUGAACAACUCGACAAGACGCUGGUGAAGGUGGUCGAGGGCUGGAAGAGACACGAUCAGGAGCUGAACGAGGAGAUGAAGAGCCUGCAGGAGGAGAAGGAGGCGGCACAGAGAACACACAACAGACACACACAGGCUCUGUCUCGUGUCGAGAAGAAUCUCUCUCAGGUUGAAGAAACUCUAAACAAGGAGCAGAAACACAACCAGGAGCUGCAGAAGACCAACAAACAACUGGAGCAGCAGGUGUGUGAUCUGCGUGUGUGUGUGGAGGAUCUCCAGCAGGAGGAGCAGAAGCUGCGCAGAGAAGGAGACCGAGACAGAGAGCAGCUCCACACACUCCAGACGCAGUCACACAACACACACACACAACUACAGCAACACAUACAGGAGCUACAGCAACAACUGCAGGAGCUACAGCAGCAGCUGCACACACAAAGGGAGCGGGUGAAACAGGAAGUGGCUGGUCGUGAGGAGGCUGAGAACAGGAAGCAGCGGCUACAGGAAGAGCUGGACACGAGCAGGAGCGAGAGAGACGCUCAGAUGGUGGAGCGAGCGAUGGAGCAGACGCGGUUCGAGGCGCAGAAGUCUCAGAUGGAGGCGGAGUUUCGUCUGUCCCUGGAACAGCAGCUCACUGAAAGACUGACCGCUUUACAGGAGGAGAACGCGACACACAACACACAACUACGCCAACAACACAGGAAGCAGUUGUUGGAUCUGAGUGCGCGGCACGAGCGAGAGCUGGCGGUCCAACUGGAUCACUUCACAACACAGUUACAGGAGAGAGACGACAAACUGCAGCAGCUCACACACACUCACCAACACAAACUGUCAGAGAUGCAGGAGGAGCUUCUCUCCAUGGCAGUGUCUAAAAGGAAGCUGGAGACUCAGAGGGAGGAGCUUGUGUCCCGCCUGCAGGGAAUGAUGCGCUCCCAUUGGGCGGAGGCUUUGAGGCUGUUGACCAAUCAGGAGCAGAUGGAGAGUGUCCUGUCGCCCGUCCAUCAGUGGGAAACGCCCACAUCUUCCUCUUCUCCUCCUCAGAGUGACACACACGUGUCAGCAGCUCCCCAGGCCGUGGUUCUGCGUCUGUCCCGAGAGAAGGAGCGAGAGACCAGUGUGAUGAACUGCAGCUCUGCUUUCUCUCCGCUGGAGCCUCAGCUGGAGCACAGCCAUCUCACCGGUCUCAGUGACUGCAGUGCAUUGUGGUUCAAGCCUGUGUUCACAGAGGAAGAGACAAGAGAAACUCAAACCAACCUGAACCUGAAGCUGAGCCACGCCCCCACAGACAUCCGGACCAAUCACAGCUCCUGCGCAGACAGUGGGCAGGACAGGGGUGGGGCUUCUGGGCGGAUGUACUGUAGCGAUGCAGAGAAGGCAACGCCCAUCAGAGAUCAAGCUCCACCCAGUAGAUGUGAAGCCCCGCCCAGUAGAUACAAAGCUCCGCCCAUAAUAGACAAAGCCCCGCCUGUCAGAUAUAUAGAUCCACCCAUCAGAGAGGAAGCCCCGCCCAUCAGACAUGUAGCCCCACCCAUCCGAGAGGAAGCCCCACCCAUCAGACAUGUAGCUCCACCCAUCAUAGAUGAAGCCCCGCCCAACAGGACUAGAGUUUCCUCUCGUAAUGAAGACCGACAGAGUGAGCUGCAGUAUUACGUGUCAAAGCUGCUGGAGCGUUCCCCCGGCGACCCCCUGGACGAGCCAAUCAGAGAGCAGCGCCGGGCCGAAUCAGCUGACGAGCAGAAACCAGACGAGCUCGACAAACCAGAGGCGCGCGCCUCGUCUCGUCCCGCUCAGAGCCGAAGAUCUUCCGGCCGCAGAGGAGGAUCUCACAGAGUCUGGAGAUAAUCUUCAACAUUUUACUCAUUUAUUCAUUUAUUUAUGUGCUUUUUGAUAUUUCAAAUAAAAACUCAUCAUUCUUAAAGCA